AUGGCCAACAGAGUCGCCGUCGCCAGCGUCAUCGCCGCGGUGGGCAUCGUGGCCGUGAUCGGCACCAUCGCCGCGGUGACCAGCUCCAACAAGGUGGACGACAACGACGCCGCCGGCAUGUACUCCAGCGUGAAGCUUUCCACGGUGUGCGCGUCCACACUGUACCCGCAGAAGUGCGAGCAGAGCCUGAAGCCCGUCGUGAACGACACCUCCGACCCGGAGGACGUCCUCAAGGCCGCACUCAACGUGGCGCUGGACGAGGUCGCCGCCGCCUUCCAGCGGUCCGCGCACAUCGGCAAGGGCACCACGGACAACCUCACCAGGAAUGCCAUGGACGUGUGCAAGAAGCUCCUCGACGACUCCACCGAGGACCUCAGGGCCAUGGCGAGGCUCAAGCCCGAGGACGUGGUGCGCCACGCCAAGGACCUCCGGGUCUGGGUCUCCGGCGUCAUGACCUACGUCUACACCUGCGCCGCCGGAGGAAGCCAAAGCUCUGAACGCCACCCUGGCGGCGCCCAGGGAGAGGACGUCCUCGCCCGCCAGAAAAAGCUGGGCGUGUCGCCCGACGACGAGACCGAUCACGCUGCCCGGCGCAACCUUCUGUCGACCGAGCUCGAGAGCAUCGCCAGCACGUCCGCCGAGGCGAACCGCCAGCUUCUCGCGGCGGAGGAGCUCCCCGACGAGCUAGCCGGCAAGCGCGAGCUGCAGUCCCGGACGCUCAUGGGGAUCGACGAGGCGGCCACCGAGGCCAAGCGCCAGCUUGAUGAGGCAACGAUGGAGGACACCAUGUCCGGCGGCCAUCCUGAGCACAGGGUACUGACCACGGGAGUGAGUAAGAAUACGUGGCAGGGUUUGUUUUAG